GUAUAUAAGUGCUGGUUGUGGGGAGAGUCCAUAGCUCCUCAGGUCCAGCAGUCAUCGGUACCCCCUGCCCUCAUGGCUCCACCAGACUUCAGUGGCACCUGGAACAUGGUCAGCAAUGAAAACUUUGACCGCUUUAUGCAGAGCCUGGGUAUUGAUAUUGUCACCAGGAACUUGGCAAAAUUUAUCAAGCCUCAAAAAAUCAUAGAACAAACUGGAGACUCCUUCAUAAUCCGCACGACAAGCAGCCUGCGCAGUUAUCGGGUUCAGUUUACACUGGGGCAGGAGUUUGAGGAAGACACAAAGGGCCUGGAUAACCGAAAAUUCAAGAGCCUGGUUACCUUGGACAAUGGGCGCCUCACCUGUGUUCAGAAAGGAGAGAAAAAGAAUCGAGGGUGGACACACUGGCUCGAUGGUGAUGACCUGCAUUUGGAACUACGUUGUGAAGAUCAGGUGUGUAAGCAAGUGUACAGAAGAGUGCCUGAGGCCAGUUAAUGUUCCUGCCCAAUGGAUUGUAGAGUUUUUAGUCCUGUAAUAUUUAUAUUUCUGGAACAUUUAGUUGCAUCGGGCAAUUACUAGUCACCAUGAAUGAUGAUGGAGGGGAUUUCUGUUACAUUUGCUUAUUAAAAUACUAUUAAAAA